UCUAACUCCUUGAUCUUGUCAAUGCCGGACACUAGACACGACGCGAGGCAAAGUCUGACCCCCCGGGCACUGCUUAAAUCUCUCAAUCCCUAAUCUUCCUGGAAAGAAGAAGAACCAUGGCAAAUCGACUGUUUUUCCUCGCAUUCUUCCACUUCGCAAUCAUCGUGGGCUUCUCCUCGGGGCUCGACACCGCUAUUCUAGCCGAUCUGCCCACCAGCAAUCUUGCCGGGGCGUGGGCGGAUCUCCUCUCGCUCGUCGACGCACACAAGGGCGAUUCCAAGCCCGCGAUCCAGAAGCUCAAAUCUUACUUCGUGGAUUUCGGCUACCUCGGCAACUCCACUCUCACUGCCGAUCUCUCCUUCGAUGACGCGCUAGAGGCCGCCGUGAGGCUCUACCAGCAGAAUUUCCGCCUCCCGGUCACCGGGAACCUCGAUUCCGCCACAAUCGCCCAGCUCGUCACGCCCAGAUGCGGUGGAAUCGACGUGGAUCCCAGCGGCGUCUCGCAAAUGCUCCAGAAUCUCACCCAUCCCGGCACUUCCCAUUUCGUCAAGCACUACUCCUUCUUCCCAGGAACGCCCAGAUGGGUCUCCAAGCGAUCGCUCACAUACGCAUUCGAUCAAUCCACGACGUCGCUGGCCUCUGGAAUCCCCCUCACUUCUCUCCGGACGGCCUUUAGCAGGGGAUUCCAGCGCUGGGCGAACAUCGUCCCUCUCACAUUCACAGAGACCUCGUCGAUCUCCUCCGCGGACAUCGUCAUCGCCUUCGCGGGCUUCGAUCACGGCGACCGGCAUCCAUUCGAUGGGCAAAUGGGCGUUCUAGCUCACGCAUUCGCGCCCGAGGAUGGGCGAUUCCACCUCGACUCCUCCGAGUCCUGGAGCGUCAAUGUUCGAUCCGCGACGUCGCUGGCCGCGAUCGAUCUGGAAUCCGUGGUGACCCACGAGAUUGGACACCUGAUCGGGCUGGGCCACUCGGGCGAUUCCGCGGCGAUCAUGUUUCCCAGCAUCGCUCCUCGGCAGAUCAAGACAGCGUUUGGACAGGACGAUAUCGACGGCGCACAGGCGCUGUACGGAGCCAAUCCAAACUUCGUGCCGGGCUCGACCGCCGGUACGGACUCAAACGUCCAGAGUUCGAGCUCGUGGAAGGCCACGUUUUCUUGUUGGCAUUUGCUUGUCCUCCUUGUCCUUGCCAAGAUUCUUUUAUAGCAAUAGAAAGAUUCUUUCCGGGUUUGAUGAUUCUAGGGCUCC